GUACCAACGAUACUGUCCUUGGUUGCGAUCAUGACCCCACCAUGAUGACUAUGGGUUCUGUCCCGUCUGGUUAUGAAGUGAUAUUCAAGCGGAAUUAUUUCUCUUUCAAAGCAAGCCUGGUGCUACCAUGUUUCGCUGUCAUUAUAUGCAAAGUCAUGAAAUAAAUAAGUGAAAUUUUAUUUCUAGCGCUCGACAUACUGACUACAUCAAAUAAUAUGCCACACUUUUGAUGGGAAUUAAAAACCAGACAUACAGCCAAAAACAUAACUUAGUUGUUACAAGACCUAAAUUGGAAUGUGUGGGUGUGGUGCUGUUAGCGGUAAUUUAUUUAACAAGCGAUAAUAAUCAGAACAGCACAUAACAGAACAAUACACCCACAAUUACUACGGUAUCCCCCAGGUAUGCAUGACAAAACAAUAUAUUUAGACUUUGAUCUGAUUUUUUGCUGUUUUGUUAACCAAUCUUCAAGACUGAUCGCCAAACAGUUGUAUCAAGAUGUUAUAAAGGUGUUAAAAUCUUAGCCAGAUUAUGUCUUAUUGGCUUAUAAUGUGAAACUGACAAACUAUUGUGCUGACAUAUUCGCUAUUUAUAGCAUUAUACGGAAAACACCUAUAUACUAGUAGUCGCUAUUUAUAGCAUUGAAUAAGAACAUAAUUAGUGUCUAUUUAAUAUUGUUGACAUGUUGUCUAUCUUCAGUUUUACCAUUUGAGUCGAUGUGAUCACAAAUUCAGAUUAGUCUGCAACAUUUGCAGCACUGGAACUCAGUUUCGAUCCAUGGUACUAGUUGUAAACUUUCCUCAAAUUAUGAAAAAACCUACAUUUACACUCUUGAUCACGUUGGCUGUUCAAUCCAUUGUAUUUCUGGCGUUAAGUAUUAAAUGGAGAAAAAUGAGAGCCAAUGCCAAUACGAGUCUGUUGCAAGGAUCCAACGUGUGCGUCCCCUGCCGAGACCUUCUGUGGGAACGCGAGAGAGAUGAAGCCAUUGAAGACCGCGUAGCAAACUUGAGGACAGACGCCAAGGACGCCUGCUGCGGAGAAACAGCCGAUAUUAUCUCGUUGAUGAAUAUAGCGAAUGUCAAGUCCAUUUUCUUCAAAAACGCCAUUGGGAGUCCCCUGGGCAUGUUCUAUCUUGCCUGCGGAAAAGACAACCUCUACUCACUCAGCUUGCCAGAAGCAAAGGUCGUAGGUGUUGUUGACUUCCUUCCAACGAAUGGUGACUUCCAUAGAGUCCUCUGGAAUAAAAAUGGCCGAACAACUACCAAAGGCGGUCUCAUGCAUCUUGAGCUGGAAGGCGAACUGUUUAUACGCAGACCAGGGAAGUACUUCGUCUACGUCAACCUUCAGCUGAUGUCAAACCAAUCUGGCAUCGUGACGUCGGACGAUCAUGUUAUAGUAACAUUGAAGCUCUCCGUUCUGUCACAUCACUAUGGAUACGCACGUACUGUUUCGGAGGAGACGCAAAGCUCCUAUCGGAUGUCAAAUUUUACUAAAAGUCGGAAGUUUGGCGCUUUGUUUGACUUCCAUGAAUAUGAUAGGAUAUCUGUUUUGAUUUCUCAUCCAGAGUUAAUUGGCCUUAAUGUCAGUGACAAUUACAUGUAUGCUAUUUAUCAGGAAUAACUGAAGACUUUCACAGCAAAAUGACUUCAAGCAGCACUUUUCUUAAAAUAAAACGUUCCUGUUCUCAUAAAUAAUAUAAAAAUGAUACUUUUUUUUUGUUAGACCCUGUUCACUAUACCUCAAAUACUAGUACUGGGGGUAUAUUCAUUGAAGUCUGGGAACUAUAAUUGCAAGAAAUUAUGAAUUGCUUUCUUGUUCAGGCUGAACACUCGCAGGAAUAAAAUCAAACACAACGCGUAUUUUAUGAAAUCAUUUAUAAAAUUUUACAAUACUUUAUAAUUCUACCAAUUCAAUUUGUUAUUAUACAUAAAGAAAACAAAAUUGAGAACUUUUUUCUUAGUCAGGAGUUUUUUUGCUUGUUUAAAUACAAUGCAAACAUUCUUUUUUACUAUAUGACUCAUUUCUCUUUUUGUGAACAAGUCCCUUUAAACAUGUCUUUGUAUACUUGCAAAAAUGAAUGAUAAGCGUUAGAUUUUGAUGUAAAAUGUAUUCAAAAUAACAAAUUAAAAAUAAAUAGGAUACCGAACA